GUGAUUAGAGGCACAAGUAAGCAGGGGAUGGUGUUUACAGUUUGUACCGUUAAGUGUGAUUACACCGGACCAAAUCGGCACUGUCUACACAAAAAUUCGCCCAUAGAGGAGUAUUGAGCACCACCUGGAUGUCGUACUAGUAGUAUUCCUCGAAGUUUGCAACCACGCGGCGAUUGUUUUUGCUCCUACAUGGACGAUUUCGUGUCAAUGUAUGUAACAUUACGUCAGCUUUUCAUUCUACGUCUUCAACUUGUAGCAUUGAGAAGACCUUUGGCCUGAGGGUCGACAUUUCGCGGUUAUUAGCGAAGCGAUUGUCCCGCCAGGUGGCCUGAAGGAGAAAACAAGAACAGGUUGAAGUUCAAACUGGUUUGAAUCAUUAUUCAGCGAGUUAGACUCGUUCGACUUCUGCCCAAGUCGGCGCAAGAAUAGCUAGCCAUUCACGGGGGUUUCUUGGCGACGCGGUGUAAAGGCGACUGUGUGAUUGUGUUGAAUGUCAUUACUCGCCGUGAAUACAGUCAGAGCGCUACGGUAAAAAGCCCCCAGGCCCUAACCAUGGCGGAGGGCGGUGUGGAAGCUACAGCUAAAGCUUCAGAGCCCGCUGUUAAACUCAAGAUAUCAGGAGGGAUGCAGAAAUGGGCGAAACUUCGCCAGGAGACGAAGGAACGAGCGGCGGUGAAUCAACAGCAGGCCGCCUUGCUCGCAGCCUCGGCGUUAGAGAGCUCCGACCCCGAGAGCUACAUCAAGACCCUCCGCUGCCCCUCCGUCAAGACGUACUCGGCGUUAAAGAAGAAGCUCGCGUCUUGUGAUUCAGAAUGGAUGCUGGGAUUCCUUGAAGAAGACGGACUAGGGAUCUUGUUCGAAUCCUUGGAGAAACUAUCUCAGAAGGGUUUCGCCAGUUUUGCGGACGCAUUCGUGCAGUUGGAGUGUGUUGGGUGUGUCAAGGCUGUCAUGAACUCCAAAACUGGGCUUGACUUCAUCGUACAACGGAGAGAGUGUAGCAGAAAACUGGCUACAGCGCUGGACACCACUAACACCAUGGUGAAGAAGCAAGUGUUUGAACUGCUGUCUGCCCUUUGUGUUUACUCCGCGGAUGGAUACGGCUGUGCAGUUGAUGCGCUGGAACACCAUAAAGCGACCAAGGGCAAACGUCACCGCUUCUGUCUCAUCACUGACGAGUUCAAGAAGGCGGAGACUGUGCAGUACAAGACCACUUUACUGGGCUUCAUCAACUGCAUCAUCAUCUCUACUGACGAGUUGGAGGAUCGGGUCAGGAUACGGAAUGAGUUCAUAGGACUUGAGCUUCUGGAGUUACUGCGAAAGCUAAGGCGCGACGAGUAUGCGGACCCAGAUCUUGAAGUACAACUGAGAGUCUUCGAGGAACAGAGAGACUCUGACGAGGAGCAGUUGAUCACACCUGAAGGAGUUAACCUCAACAGUUCAGUGGACGUCUUCUACGCCAUACAUCGUCAGGUAUGUGAAGGUCCCCAGGCCGUGUCGUUUCUUGCCAUUCUCCAACACCUCCUGCGAUUGGACAAGAAGGAUCCAACCAGCAAUGUCAUUUGGGAGAUCCUGGAGAAGCUGGUGCACCGCGCCACGCUAUUGGAACACGAGACCGAGGCAGACCGGAUGUUGAAGACCGGUCUCCGGAAGCUAGAGAAGGGUGCUGAGAAAGUUAUGGCCGAAAGGCAUGCUGGUGGAGACAACUCUGCAGCAGCUGGGAACGGGCAGCAAGCUUCUAUCGCUUCUAGUAUGGGCAACACUGCGUCAUCCGACUCCGAUGCCUCAGCUUCAGACCCCUCCCCACCCUCACCUACUCUCACCCAUACCCCCACCCCUUCACCCCCUCCCCCACCCCCGGGGGAGGAAGAUGUCUCACCCUUUUCCACGCCGCUAUCCUCAGAAGGGGAAGGGGAGGGAGCCCCUCCACCUGGACCCCCUCCACCUCCACCGCCACCACCAGGCAGUGGAGGACCCCCUCCUCCUCCACCACCACCCCCCGGUGGAGGCCCUCCACCUCCCCCUCCCCCGGGUGCUCCCCCUCCCCCUCCUGGUGCUCCCCUCCUCCACACCUCCACCCCUACCUCUACUCUAAUGCCAAAGUAUAAAAUGAGAAGACUGAACUGGAAUAAAUUGUCGACACACCAAGUGAAGGGAAAGCGCAAUAUAUGGACGCAGCUAGCUAACUCUAAGGAAAACGGGUACUCUGUAGACUACGAAAGUUUGGAAGAACUGUUUCGACAGACAAAUGCUACGGGAAAGGUCGUUGCACCCGCGGCGGAUGAUUCUGGAGGACCAGAAAAGAAGCUUAAGGAGUCCAAUGAGGUAGCGUUGUUUGACUCGAAGAAAAGUUUGAACCUCAACAUCUUCCUGAGGCAGUUCAGAUGUUCUAACGAAGAGAUCAUCGACAAGUUGAAGACGGGAGACAGCGAGACUGUGGGUGCAGAAAAGCUCAGGGGUCUAUUGAAGAUUUUACCAGAGAAGGAAGAUAUCGAGUUGUUGGAGUCCUACACUGGUGACAGAGAGAAGCUAGGCAAUGCUGAAAAAUUCUUCCUGCUGCUCAUAGGCUUACAAAAUUACAAGCUCCGCAUAGAUGGCAUGCUGCUUAAAGAAGAACUCAACUCCACCGUAGACUACCUCGAACCUUCGAUAGAGAUCAUGAUCAAAGCUGGGGAGGAGCUCCUCAAGUGCAAGGCCUUACAAGAAAUCCUCCACAUUGUGCUAAUAACGGGCAACUACAUCAAUGCUGGUGGGUACGCAGGAAAUGCUGUUGGAUUCAAGAUGGCGUCCUUACUGAAGCUGGUGGACACCCGCGCCAACAAGCCUGGCAUGAACUUCAUGCACUACGUAGCUUUGCAAGCAGAAAAGAAGGACAAGAAGCUGCUACAAGUGGACAGUCAGCUGAAGACUCUGGAAGAAGCCUCAAGACACUCUGUUGACAACAUCAACACAGAGGUGAAACAGCUGGCCGAGAAGACCAAGUCGGUGGACAAACAGCUGGAGAAGGCUCACCGUGACGUCAGGAUUCAGCUCAUGGACUUCGUCAGGACGGCUAAGAUGGACGUGGAGGAUCUCCAAGCCGGACUGAAGAAGCUGGAGAAGCUGCGGAAGAAGCUUGCCGAGUUCUUCUGCGAGGAUGAAGGAGACUUCAAGAUCGAGGAGUGCUUCAGUGUGUUUCAUCAGUUCACACAGCGGUUCAAGAAAGCUAUCGAGGAGAACAAGGAGCGACAGAUCAAGGAGGAGCGCGAGGAGCAGCGGCGGAAGGAGCAGGAUCUCCUGGAGGCAUCCCGGAGCCAGCGGAGGCACUCCGUCGCCAUCACCGGCUCCGUCUCCUCCCUCCUCCCGGAGAGAGAGCCGAGCCCCGAGCCGGACGAGAAGGACACGGGUCCGAUCGUGGACAAACUGUUGGGAGACAUUCGAAGCGGAUUUGCUCGCAAGCGUGGGGAGAGUGUACGUGCAAGGAUAAAGCGGUUGGAAGGAUUCGGUCCUAAGGACGCGAAGGCUGCGGAGAAUCCUGACGAACAAGGCAACGAGAAGACAGAAGAGGAAAACGUUGUAAACAAAGACUCAAAGCUGACUAACGGCCAUGAGAAGAAAGGUACUCCCGCACUGAAGGGCCUUCCAACAAAGGGAGGCAGCCCUACGCCAGACUCUAGUAAACAGGCAAAGGAUUCUCCGACAGCCAGAAAGUUACGAACGCCAUCCUCGAAUGAUGACAACAACUUGUUUGAAUUCUUGCUGCAGGGCGAAAACGAUGAUCUGUUGAACAAACUCGACAGUGCGCAGAUGAAAACGCGCAGGCCGGCACGAAGGCGGACACGAGACCUUGAUUUCCGGUUGAAAGAAAGUAGCGAGCGGGAAAACAGCACGCCAGGCCGCCGGUGGAGAAGCACAGUAGAGGGCAGGGAAGUGGACGUUGCUCUCAGGCAGUGGGCUGCAAAACAAGAAGCCGUGGAAGCAAAAGAACCUAAGGAUGCACCGAAACCAAAAGAGGAGGACAAAGAAACAAAACCUUCUCCAAAGAAAUGGAGAACUGCGAUGCAGGAAUGGGAAGCAGCAAAUCCCGAGCAGCCUGUUUCACCUCGGAAAACAUCGAGCUUCUCAAAGGUGGAGAGCUCUGAGAGAAGUAAGAGGAGAUCCUCAGAGCUUAUGCAGUCCUCUAUACCAGAAGAGCCUGAGAGCGACACAUCUCCGACCAAGGGAAAAACCUCGGCUAAGAGAAAUACUUCGACUUCGUCUACGAAACUUGACACCAAAGAACCUGAAAGAGAAAUUUCUUCCAAACGAAACGUGAGGGCGAGCCCUCUGAACGUUAGUGAUCGGACAGCUACCAGCAGGCGAUGGCGCAGCAGUGUAGACAGCAGAGAAGUGGACAAGGCGGUGAAAUCAUUUGAUAAGUCAAACAGAGACGCAAUCAAACCUAAGAAUUCUAGUUUGAUACGUACAUCGACGCUUCAGGACAGACCCAGCAGCUCGACUGUAGAACCGAUGUGGAGGAGAUCUUAUAAAUCUACAGACGUAGAAAAAGCAAUCAAGGCAGAGCCGCUAUCGAAGUCAUAUAGAGACAAAGCAAACAGUACGACAGAUGACAUUGAUGCGCGGAUGAAGAAAAGAAGAGAAGAACGACGAUGGCGAAGUUCGCUUGAUUCGAAGGAAAUCAACUCAGCGGUAAAGAAAUUUGACUUUGACAGUCGCCGAAAGCAGUUCGAUGGGUCUCGCGGUAGCUCACAGAGUUCGUCUUUGGACUCGAGUCCGCACGAUAGCCGGGGGAGUACUCCUGAACCUGUGAGACGGUCGGACAGGCGAGGGGGGGUGUCAAGUAGAAAGGAGACUCCCAAGAACAUUCCUGAGUCCCCCAGGAGGACGAAAGCGUUCCCCGGGGGUGCCGUAAGAGUUCGGACUCCCGACACAGAGAAAAAAGAACUUCCUGGUAAGUCUCAGGACAAAAGUUCCACGAGCAAAAAACCAGGAAUCGAGAUUACUGCAGAUGGGUUGAAAGGAAAAAUUAAGGAUGAAAUACGAGACAAGGACAAAGACGAGGAUAACGUCAAAACUCGUGAUCGUUUAGGAAGACGAUGGAGAAGUAGUUUGGACAAGAGAGAGUUGGAUGUUGCCUUGAAAGGCCACGAGGCGAAGGGUAGGGAAAGUGCAAUACAAAAACCAGUGGAGAAGAAAGGAGCUGAAGACGAGAAGAAGGUUGAAGUGAAAGAAUCGAGGUACGCGAAAAGAUGGCGAGAGAAGGUUUACGGUGAGAAGGACGAGAGUGGUGCUGAGGAGAAGGGGAAGGAACCGGCGGUGUCCACCAUGCACGUGAAGGAGGACAGGGCGCCUGUGCAGAAGAGAUGGCGCAGCGCGGUGGACAGGACAGAGGUAGAUCUCGCGAUCAAGCAGCACGAGACGAAGAUGUCGAAAGAUUCGGAGAGCGCGGGGGUGAGUAACGAGGUGGCCAAGCUGACGGAGAAGAGUGAUCGCGGUGUGCACGACCGCAGGCGCCGCAGUGCUAGGGGAUCAGUAGACGUCACGGACAUUAAAGCAGCCAUAAGUAAGACAAAGGAGGACGACAAGGGCGUGGCUGAAAAAUCGGGUAAGGGUCUCACAGCGAGCGGGAAGGAUAAAGACUCGGAGGGUGAAGAAGAAGAAUCUUCCCGCCCGCUUUUCGGAAGUGUUCGCGGGAGAAUGAAACGGUACGAGAAGAGUCAAACUCAGGAGGACGACGGUAGCCAAACGAGCGUUACCGGAAACGGAAUCAGGGUGGCGAACAGGUUUGGAAGGCGGUCGCGAACCGACGUAGACCCGAAGGACGUUGACACUGUGUUGCGGGCAGGGAUGAAAAGUAUUAAGGAGGAGAAGGAGACUUCAGAAGACGAUAAACCUGCGCGUCGGGAGAUACCGAAACCCAAACCGGCCAUGCUUCGGCGAUGGACGAGUCUCAUUGACGAGACCGCCGCGAAGAAGGCUGUCGAAGAACCGGGUUCGGUCGGUAAGAGACUGCAAAACUUCAUGGAGAGAAAAAUCAGCAAAGACGAUUACGACGUCCCACCGGCGAGCAGUUCUCACAACAGACGUUGGACUACAAGUGACUUUGACACUUCGGCGGUCGAGCCAGCUGCCAGGCAGAAUGACCGAACAAAAGAGAGACUGAAAGAAAGACUCGCACGCAUAAGCGAGAACGUUAAAUCGGUGGAGUAUACUAAUGAACCUAAACACGGAGUAGCACUGGAAGCCAACCACGCUCCUUUGGUGGCGAAGUACUCCUCCGAUAGCGGCAGGUCGUCCAGACCCAGGUCGGAGGACAUCAGUGACAAAGUUUCUCCGGAGAAAUCCGCUCCGGGUGACGAUUACAACGGAGACAGCGACUUGGAUAACGACGAUGAAGGGUUCGAGACGGAGUCCACCGUGAGCUCGAACAUCGACAGCGUGGCAGACAAGGUGGGCAGUGUGGACGGAGAAGGCAGCGGGAGCCCAGCGGAUCGGAGAGAAAGCACAGGAGUAUUCCGCGCCAUCGAUAGCCGGAGAGACAGCCUGGGGUUGGACGAGCCGUCCGCACACACGUGUCACAGCCCGCAGUCCAGCGUCGACUCGUCGUUCGACCAGUCGGACAUCACCGAUACGGAGUCCAUCACGUCGGGCGGCCGGGACUCCAGGCCGAGCAGCCAGACGUUUUCUGAGGCUGACGGCAAACAUCAGGACGCUGUCAGGCCGCUACACAAAGUCUCACCGGGGGGAGCGAAAACACAGAGCAGUGCCGAAACCAGAAACGGCCUGCCGAUCCCCCGAAAACUCAGCCUACCGAAGUUCGAAAAGGCGCCACCGCCGAAGCGCAUCCCGGGUACGUUUGCCGGGAAGGUCGGACACUUGUUGAGCAAAUUCAAUCAAGGAAGUCCCGAUGGCUCUACGACGCCAGCAGCAAAGUCGGGUAGCUCUACCGUGCCCAGGAGGAACACUAUAGCUUCCUUCACUGUCCCGAAAACUGGCACCGACUCGAGUAAGCUAUCCAGCCCGGAGCGAGAGAACAUCGCUCCCGAUCCCCAGAAAGCCGCGGCCCGGGACACUAUCGUGCAGGCCAUAGAGUCGGCUAUCGAGACACAGCGCUCACCCUCGGCAAAAGAGAUCAAAUCUGAGGACUAGACAAUAACAUAACGUGAAGUAUAACCGAUAUACCGUUAUGCUCGUAUACAGUGAAUAAUAUUUUAUUGGUAAGAGAAAUAUAAGUAAUCCCAGAGAGCUUUGAGGGAGGGAAAUAUUAGGAUGUUUAAAGUCAAUGCAAUUUGAAUCCCAAUAACUGUAUGUAAUGUGUUAAUUCAUUUCGUCUUCCCAUGAAAUGAUGUACAAUAUUUUGAGAACCAUGUAAAUCGGUACAAAUCAGGACACUUCCGUCAGCAAUAAUACAAACUGCCAUUCCGAGAAGUAUUAACGCCACCUAGCGGAUUUUUCUAUAACCUGCAUGUUCCUCAGGUGCCAUCAGAUGUUGCAAAACGAAAAUUCCCCCACCAUAGGGUACCAUUCAAUACACCAAAGCUGACUGUCCGUUCAAAUCGGUAUAAGAGCUAAAAAGACAGUGGUUGUACUUGAGUGAAGCUACUUACACCCGUCAUUAUUUCAGUCAAUUGUUUACCAUCACAUGUUUGGACAAAGUUGUUCUCGUUGGAGUCGGUGUAUUGAAUGGUAUACCCGGGAGUGGCGUUUAAGAGGUGUUUUCUGUCCAGGGUUUGCGCUUUUUUCCUAGGGUAUAUAUAUUUGACGUGACGUCCAUGGAGGUAGAUUUUGUUUUGAUACACAAGCAACAUUUGACGGCCCUGACGGCGCAAAGAAGUAUUAUUAAUAAAAUGUUAUUAGUUCACACCUCACAUCACACACAAACACAUACACGUGUAGCUAUGACAACUUGUUCGGCGACGGAUGUUAUACAACAUAUUUUUUUCUCAAAAUAUCGAAAUACAUGCUACGUAUCUCAUGAUAUGUAACAUAGUAUUAUAUAAAAUGUUCAGAUACAUGAAUAUGUGAAGGUUCGAGAAUAACAGUCUUAACUAAAGUGACUUAAUGUAUUUUCAAACCGUCUUUCGGACAAGACACACCGAACCACUUUCUUGACUAUGUAGCUAACAUUGCUACGAAUGUACAAAAGUAGUAGAGACACCAUAUUAUAGCAUUCCAACACAGAUAUCAUAAUUUUAAUUAUAGAAUUAUUAGUCUUAUCACAUAUGCAGUAAUUGUAUCAUACGAUUCUUACUCUUUACAUUCUACAUGUAUAAAUCGUUUCAGUUAUUGAUGCGUUAUUUUUAUUCAAAGUAUAUAAAUAUGUCAAUGGCGGUAACUUUCAGCAAUAGAGGUAUAAAUACUGUGACGACAAUAACUCCCAUUCUUAUGUACAUUCUGUGUAUGCAUAUGGUCUAAUUAAUUAUCAAAACGUAUUUAUCUUAAGGCUUGAUAUAUUUCGGUGAUCCAUUUCAAGUUGUAAUUAUGUUGCAUGUGGAUCUCUUUGAUUUUUUCCAAAGGUAUUUGCUAUGAAAUAUUCAAAUUUACACAAACAAAAA